GGUCACAAGCGCCCUAUACCAGCAUCGGUGCCACGGAGCAAGCCAACCACAAUCAUCACUUUCGCGUAUCUUGUCCAGUUGCUCGCUCUUCUCUACCGGUCGCCCGCAUAAGAAUUCGGCCAUGGCUCCAAGAGGCACUAAGAGGCCAUUGUCGGACACCGAGGAGCGUCCCAGCCCCUCGGUCGCUGGAGUGGAGUCUGGCCCCGGCCUCCCUUCGCCCCCUCCUCCUGGCGCUGCCGGAUCGUCCGGCCCCACGCCCAGCCUCGCGCCCACGCCCACACCCUCUAAGAAGAAGCUAAAGCCGCUGCCAGCUACGCCCAGCUUCCAGGCGGCGAGUUUGACCGCGCUGCGUGCUAAGGCGGCCCGGAUCCAGGCGCAGCUGGCGCAGCUGUACCCCAACCCGCCCAUCCCGCUCACGCACGCCUCCUCCUUUCAGCUGUUGGUGGCUGUGAUGCUGUCGGCUCAGAGCACAGACGUCAAGGUCAACACCGUCACUCCCGAGCUGUUCAGGCGGGGGCCGGACGCGGAGGCCAUGGCCAAGCUGGAGGCGUCGGAGAUUGAGGGCAUCAUCCGGGUUUUGGGCCUGGCGCCCACCAAGGCCAAGAACGUGCGCGCCAUGAGCCAGAUCCUGGUGGAGCAGUACGACGGCCAGGUGCCGGGCAGCUGGGAGGGGCUGGAGGCGCUGCCGGGUGUGGGCCACAAGACAGCCAGUGUGGUCAUGAGUCAGGCCUUCGGACACGCGGCCUUCCCAGUCGACACACACAUACACCGCCUGGCGCAGCGCUGGGGGCUGUCCAACGGCAAGAGCGUGGAACAGACGGAGCAGGACCUCAAGACGCUGCUGCCCGAGUGCACUUGGCGUGACGCGCACCUGCAAAUCAUCUACUUUGGGCGGGAGCACUGCCCCGCGCAGCGCCACGACGCCACCGCCUGCCCCAUCUGUAGCUGGGCGGCGCCGGCGGCCGCCAGGCAGCCGCACCUUUGCGUCAAGAACCAACAUCCUCCUGUUUGCCGCCCCUCUGGACACAACGGUUCCAGGGCCGGGGGCGGGGCCGGCACGUCCGGUCCAGCUGACAUCGACGGCAGUACGGCAAACGGCUCAGGUGCCGCCACCCCUUCUUCCCGGAAAGGUGCCGCUGCUACCGCCACCGCUGCCGCCACCAAGCGGCGAAAGCUCAAGGCCGUUUCUGAGGAGGAGGCGAGCGAGGACGACGGGGAGAGGCAGGGCGCGGGGGGCGAUGCAGGAGAGGUGGCGGAGGCGACGGCGGGGCCAGGCGGCCGCGGCAAUGGCGCUGCCAAGGGUCGGGCUAGGGGUGGAGGGCCGCGCACGGCGCGUACCAAGUCGGCAGUGGCUGUGGCGCUGGCCACAUCAGCGGUGGUGGUGGUGGAGGCAGCUGACGAUAGGAACGGAAGCACCUAUCCCGCAACUGCAGUAGCUGCGCCAACAGCGGGCGGCGCGGCAGCGGGCACGGCGGCGGCGGAUGCGGCGGUGGCGGGUGUGGCGGUAGCGGGUGCUUUCGAUGCGUUCCGUGCGGGAGGGCCAAUGACACGGGGCACGGCAUCGAACGGCCGGCGAUCGGCUGCCGCCGGCGGGUCAGCUGCAGGAGCUAUGGCAGCAGCACAGGGGGUGGCGCCCGAGGCACAGGCGGGGUCCGGGGCGGCGUUGGAGCAGGGCGGUGACCAGGGUUGCCAGGAUGGUGACGAACACCCGGCCGCGAUGGGGGCGGCGGGCGGGGUGCGGCGCAGUGGCAGGCAGGGUGCAAGGCGCGGUGGACAGGUGAAGUGAGGACUGCGGCUGGGGUGCCGGCGGCACGGCGCGGCUGCAUCAAGCGAUCAGGAGUGGCACAGCGUGCGACGGAUGUCGUGGACCGAGAGUGCUUAGUGUGGUGGGCGGGUCACAGGCCGUAGGUUUGGGGAGUGUGCCUGCUCAGGCCGUCAGGCGGUGCGUACCUUACAGUAGGCAAGGCAACUGCAUCACGUACGAGGCUGUACAUGCGGUGUGCGAUGGGACAGUGUUAAGGCAGGUUGGUGAAGUCCCAUAGGGUGCAGCUGAUUCCCAGAUCCCAGCAGAUGGCAAACAAUUUGCAACGGCAGGGCUGGAGUCCUCGGCUGGUCGAACGCCGGAGUUACUGUACCCAAGUUGCUGGCUGGCUGGAAAGUGGAAGUUUUCUGACGCGCAUUUCCCACGCUCCGGGCGCCCGGCCAGGGCGAUAGCACCACACCAUCGCCACACUCACGAUGCAGAGCCGCAGCGCACCUGCAGGAGGCUGUACAUACGGUACCAGGCGUAAGGACGUGGUGGGUCCGUGCUGGUCCGGUCUGUCCAUUCAUGCUCUGAUUUCUGUGUGCCUGUAUGCACGCAUCCGCACAAUCGGCUCCCACCCCAUGUGUCUAAUACUGGUACCAGUACCCGCUGUGCCGCCACGCUGCUCUCCAGUGCUACCUUUCGCACGCUGCAGUUCUACGGUCAGGCCCCGAUUCGGAGUGAGAAUCUAUCGUAGCUAACCGUGCACGAUCCCGGGCGCUGGGGGAAAAGACACAA